UGUGUAGAGUAUAUUAUAUAGCAUGUAGUCAGCAACUGUUCUACUUCUCUUCACACUUUUAAUGGUUUUGAAAAAGGAUACGAUUCAUCUGUGAACACAUAGUUUAUGAAGUGACGUUUUCAACAAAUAAAACAGGCUAAACCUAAGCCUACAAUGGAGGGAAGCUUUUAUUGUCAGCCACUCUUAUUUUGAUACUAAUAUUGGAAGCGAUUAGUUUCACGUGACCAAACAUCACCACGUGACAGAAGUUGAGCAUGUACGUAGUUGGACAAAAUCUGACGGAUGUUUUGGAAAUCUUGGAGUGGAUCUGUGCUGUUAUAGUCAUGCCACGUUUGAGUGAAAAGAAGAAUCGGCGUUAGUGAAGUGAAAAUGUGAAAACCUGAAAGCAGAUGAUCUUGGAUUAGUUCAUAGUGUGACAUGGCAUGUUGCAGUAUUAAGACGAUGCUUCUCUCUCGUCGUGUUGUGCGCCUGUGCACUGUGACAUGGCAAUCACAACUACGUCACCUGAGCACUCAACCCUAUAAGGCUGUCAUAUUUGACAUGUAUGGCGUGCUGAUACCGCCUCCCAUGCCAAAGGCGAAAGAGUGGGAGGAGAGGAAUGGUGUGCCACCUGGCACCGUUGGCAGUGCCAUUAGAACGGGUGGUGAAGCCAGCAUCUGGAAAAGGUUUAUGAGAGGAGAGCUGGGUGAAGAGGAGUUUCUGAAGGCCUUCAAUAAUGAAUGCAGCAUAAUUGCUGGAUGUGCGGUCAGUAUGGACUCAUUCCUCAAGGCUUUGACCAGCGGGGCCAUGAGGCAGCCUCUGCCAGCCAUGAUGGAGGCAGUCCAGAGCAUCCGUGCCAAUGGCCUGAAGACUGCUGUGCUCAGCAACAACUUUCUACUGCCCAGCGGGGAAUCCUACUUGCCACUAGACCAGAGAAUGUUCAAUGUGAUAGUAGAGUCUUGCAGAGUGGGUCUAUGCAAGCCUGACCCCAGGAUAUAUGAGCUUUGUGCAGACAGACUGGGGAUUCUGCCACAGGAGGCCGUGUUCCUGGAUGACCUGCCAGUGAAUGUGGCGGCUGCAGCCCGGGUGGGCAUGCGAGGUAUCAAGGUGGGGGAUCCUGCUGUAGCCAUAAGGGAGCUGGAGGAGGUGCUUGGGUUCCCUCUGUCUGGCCAUGUCCCUGAGGCACGCUUGAUCGAAAAGCACCAGCACCAGCUGCCUAUGGACCGACUCAUUCACUACCUCAGGGAAGCCAUCCAGUGGCCUGGCACAGAUCCAGUGACAGUGCAGAAGAUAAGCCAUAGCUCUUCACAGCACACAUACCUCCUCAAUAGCAGCGCACAAAAGAUGGUCGUCAAGAUGACACCUCACAUACAGGCAGCGAAGAGAGAACAAAGAACACUGACUGCACUUAAAGGAUCAAGGGUCCCAGUUCCUAAAGUUUUACAGCUAUGUGAGGACACUAGUGUGCUGGGCAGCCCCUUUCUGCUGCUGGAACACAGAGGAGGCCGGGUGUUCCAGAACCCGUCUCUGCCUGACCUGAAGCCAGACGAGAGGAGAGCAGUGUAUGGAGCCAUGAUCCAAACCCUCUGCCAAAUACACCGUCUGGAGCCCAACACUGCAAACCUGGACAAAAAUGAGCCAGUGGAGCAGCUGUUGGCGAGGUUGAGCCAGCGCUACAGAGCUAGUGCACACCCACCCAUCCCAGCCAUGGAGAGACUGAUGAUAUGGCUCCCGGUGCAUCUCCCCAAGGAGCAACAAGCUAAAGUGGUGCACGGAGACCUCAGGUGGGAAGCCUUGGUCUUUGACGCGGUGAAGCCUCAGGUGACGGCUGUGCUGGGCUGGGAUCAGUGUGCUCUGGGGGAUCCGCUCACGGAUGUGGCCUCUCUCUGCUUGGCCCACUAUCUGCCGCCGGACUCGCCCAUCCAGCCAGGACUUGGGCGAGGAGACCUGGCUCAGAUGGGUAUUCCUGAUGCCGGUGAGGUCUUUGAGCAGUACAGCCAUGCUAUGGGACUGGGGGAUAUACCACACUGGCAGUUCUACAUGGCGUUGUCUUUCUUCCGCCUGGCAGUCAACCUCCAGGUUGCAGGCAAAGACAUUGGCACAGGAGAGAGCCCCACAGGACAUGUGGACAGAAGAAGUCAAGUCAUUGCACAGGUGGCAGAGCUGGCAUGGGACUUUGCCACCAAAGAGGGCUUCCGCAUCUUCAAUACCAUGCCCAGAGCCAGUUCCGCAUGAGGCAUGAAUCCUGCAUCUCCACAUUAUUUAAUACACAGUAUCUAGGUUUGGAUUAGGUUUUGGAUGUCUGUGUAUUAGUGGCCAGGACCACGAAAAACAGAACAAUAGAAGUACACCUUGUGACUACGAGACAAAAAUGAACACAAGUGCAAGUGAGUCAUCAGUGCAAGAUAGACGCCCCUUUCCCAGUAGCGUUAAGUUCUGUCUUCCAGCGGGAAGAAAGAAACACUUUUGUUAAAGAAAGUAUUUUGAAGAUAUGCAUAGCAAUAAUCAAAUAUUGAUUUGAUAAGCAAGCAGAGAAGAACGUGUGUGUUAGUGAAAUAUAGGCGUAAUAUAACCAGGAAACCAACCACAAUUCAAUCUGACUGAACUCAUGUAUGACAGAGCAAAAUGCUCCAUGUUAGCGGUCACAUUCAUGUUUGUGUCCUAGCUGCACUAUUAUUGUUGAGUUGAAGGUGAGGCAGAGAACAUGUUAUUUUUACAGAUAUCUGGGACAGAAACUUGAAUAUAUUGAAAAUAUAUCAAUAAGAAUUAGGUAGUUUUGUCCCUACGUUUAAGAAUGACUACAAGACUAGCAUUUUAAACUACCUGCACUUCUUAUCUUUUCGUGUUUGGCUGUGGAAAUGCCAGUUCUCUUUGAUAAGACAUCCAGAGUUCAGUGCCCUUAUCUCUCUCUCUCUCUCUCUCUCUAUAUAUAUAUAUAUAUAUUCCAGGAAUGUUUAAGGUGCUUUUUUGUGUGUUUUCUGAAGAAAUAAAAAUCCUUCCAGACUUCUAGAACAGCAGUGUAAUGAUGAGGCAUGAUACAAAGUGUUUCCCUGUAUUUCUUUGCAUUGUCUGCAUGAUGCUUUUCUGCUCCAGGUGUUUUAUUACAAGCACUGGAAAACAUAAAUAAAUGCAAUACUGGUAAUCACCA